AGGCCAUCCAUAUUUGUUCGGAAAAGGGCAGGGCUUGAACAUACUCUUUCAUCUAUCCAAGCUAUUACAACAGCUUUUAUCAUUUGGUCAUUCGUUUAAAAAAAACUACUGGAUUGUGAGCACAUUUUAAUAAAAUACUGGCAUAUUCAAAUUAAAGAUAAUAUAUACUUGUUAAUACAAAGGAAAAAAAGCAAUAAUCCAAUUAUUAUCUGGUUUGUGAAGACAUGGAUGAGAAUAAGAAUUUAACAGUUGUUGAAGAAGAGCAGAAUAUGGAACAAAGAAUAAGAAGAAUGAGAACAGCUGCUUCUACUAGAUACAAUAAUCGCACUGAAGAAACUGAAUGUCCCUUAAAUCAUCAAGACACAUGUGCAUCUAUAGAUGUUCUAAAUUUAAAAAAUAAGCGAACAGAACAAAUAAAGAAUAAAGAUAAAAUAAUCAAUGGUUCAGUAAUUGAUAAUUUAAAAAAAACAGGAUUAAAUAAUGAGACAGAAAAGCCUGAAACAAAUAGCGAUAAAGGCUUAGAGUUAGCUGAAGGGUCUAUAAAGAAAUCACUCAAGUGUAAAUUUUGCAUUAAGACUUUCAUAAGACAAAAAUGUUUGCUAAGACACAUGAACUCUCAUACAAUAAAGAAUGAGGAAAAAGAAUACAGUGACCAUGCAAGUAGUUCACUAGUUGCCAACGUUGACGAACUAGAUUCUAAUUCCGAUAAUGAGACAACAAUGGGAACAAAUUACAAUAAAUAUUUGGAAUCAGAUAAUUCUACAAAAAAAACACAUAAAUGUCAGUAUUGCACUAAGACUUUUGCUAGACGAAACUGUUUAUCAAGGCACAUGAGGAUACACACAGGAGAGCGACCUUAUGAAUGCUCUGUUUGUGAGAGGAGAUUCGUAGAGCAUGGAGCAAUGAGAGUACAUUAUAGAAUUCAUACUGGAGAGCGACCAUUCGUAUGCGUUUACUGUAGUAGAUCUUUCCGUCACAAAAGUAAUUUGACAUUGCAUGAAAGGCGUCAUUUUAAUGAUAAACGUUACAAGUGUCCUUUGUGUCCAAAAACAUUUAUCAGCCCAGGAAAUUGUAAAAAACAUGAAAGGAGUCAUUCAAAAGAAAAAAUACACAAGUGUGAAGAGUGUUUUCAAAGUUUCAAAACAAGAAAAGGAUUAUCAAAGCAUGCAAUGACACACGGGGAUAAUAUUCAUAAGUGUCACGUUUGCCUAAAGGACUCUAGUAGUGCCAAACUGAAAGAACAGAUGAGCAAGUGUGACUUAUGCGAAAAAACUUUUACCAAGUCAAGUUCAUUGAAAGUACACUAUAGAAUUCAUUCAGGGGAGAAACCUUAUAAAUGUGUAAUUUGCUACAAAAGUUAUGCUAGACUUAGAACACUAAUGAAACAUAAAAUUGUACACACAAAAGAUCAAUUAUAUAACUGCAGUGAAUGUAAUAAAACUUUCACUAAGAAAAUCAGUUUGGCAGCUCAUAGAAAAAUACAUAAAGGAACUAAGGCAUACCACUGUAAAAUGUGCAACAAGUUUUUUACACAGAUAUCUAAUUUCAAUAGACACUUAUCAACACAUAAUUAAUUUAAAGGUUAAUUAAUUGUUUGGAGGAUAAUUAUGAAAGUAAAGAUUUAUAAAAACUAUUAAAAAAAUAUAUAUA